AUGACGAUAUUUGGGCAGAUUAUCAAAAAUUUGAUUGAAGCCACAUGUUUUCAGGAACAUCUUCAAGGAAGAAAGAAAGAUGAAGAGACAGAGAGGUUUAAGGAGAGGGUCAAGAAGUUGGGGCCCAGUGCAGAUCACCAGAAACUUGAGCGCGAAGCAAGAAUUUGUCGGCUGCUGAAGCAUCCCAAUAUCGUUCGUCUCCAUGACAGCAUAUCAGAAGAAGGGUUCCACUACCUCAUUUUUGACCUGGUCACUGGCGGAGAACUUUUUGAAGAUAUUGUCGCCAGGGAGUACUAUAGUGAAGCAGAUGCAAGUCAAUGUAUUCAUCAGAUUCUAGAGAGUGUUAAUCACAUUCACCAACAUGACAUAGUGCACAGAGACCUCAAGCCAGAGAACUUGCUACUUGCCAGUAAAUGUAAAAAUGCCGCAGUGAAGCUGGCCGAUUUCGGAUUGGCAAUCGAAGUCCAGGGAGACCAGCACGCAUGGUUUGGGUUUGCAGGCACUCCUGGAUAUCUCUCUCCAGAGGUUUUGAGAAAGGAUCCAUAUGGAAAGCCAGUUGACAUCUGGGCGUGCGGCGUCAUUCUCUACAUAUUAUUAGUCGGCUAUCCUCCCUUCUGGGAUGAGGACCAGCAUAAGCUUUAUCAACAAAUUAAGGCUGGUGCUUAUGAUUUUCCCUCUCCAGAGUGGGAUACGGUCACCCCAGAAGCCAAAAAUCUGAUCAAUCAGAUGCUGACCAUCAAUCCAGCCAAAAGGAUAACUGCAACAGAGGCCCUGAAACACCCAUGGGUUUGCCAACGUUCCACUGUAGCAUCAAUGAUGCACCGUCAGGAAACUGUUGAAUGUUUGAGGAAGUUCAAUGCCAGAAGAAAGCUCAAGGGUGCAAUUCUGACUACAAUGCUCGCUACAAGAAACUUUUCAGCAGCAAAGAAUUUACUGAAUAAGAAAACAGAUGGUGUCAAGCCACAGACAAACAACAGCAAAAACAACAUAGUCAGCACCCCAAAGGAAAACACAUCUCAACCAACCACAAUGGAGCCACAAACAACAGUAGUCCAUAAUCCUGCAGAUGGCAUUAAGGUAACAUUUGCUUUCUCUUUUACUGGGGAGAAAUCGCAGACCAAGGUCAUACCUACACUGGCUAAAGCAUCCGCGCCCGAUGCCGGCGAUGACAGUAAUGGUCUUACAAAGAGUCAGUCCGCUGUCUUGCAUUCAACCGAGUCAGUUCACACUGAUCAUCUCCCUGAGAUGACGUCCACGCGCAAACAGGAUAUCAUCAAGAUCACUGAACAGCUCAUUGAAGCCAUCAACAAUGGAGAUUUUGAAGCUUACACGAAAAUCUGUGACCCAGGUCUGACCUCAUUUGAGCCUGAAGCCCUUGGGAACCUUGUGGAGGGAAUGGAUUUUCAUAAGUUUUAUUUUGAGAAUUGUAAGUACGCGAUAUAA